CAGUCUCCCUCUGUCUCUUGUCCCGUGAGGUUGUUGCGCCGCUACCUCGCGCCGCCCCAUGUGAGACCUUUCCGUCUGACCAAUGUACGCUAGUGACACAGCCUAAAGAACACUGCCUGGAUACACUACGCCCUUUCCUUCCCUAUCUGGAUACAAGGUAAGAACGCCCAGCUCAUCCACCCCGCCCCCCUUCCCCCCUAAAAGAAAGAGAGGCAGCAACGGGACUUUAUUCACUAAUUGGAAACUCGCCAGUGUUGCCAAUUCAAAGGGAAAAACUAGAGGAAGAAAGCGGAUCUUGCAUGACUCAAGGUGUGAGGGGAGAUGAGUGAGCUGGAGUUCACUUUAGAGGAGGAUGGAUCCUACACCAUUGGCAACAAGUCCUAUAUCAGCAAGGAUGAGGUCUACGGGGACUAUGAAUGUGCCGACCGGGGCCUCCUCCUUCCCCUCUUCUCCGAGUACACGUGGCCUCUGGAGGUGCGUGCCUUCCUCUACUUCAUGGGGCUCCUGUACUGCUUCCUCGGGGUGGCCAUCAUCGCGGACAUCUUCAUGGGGUCCAUUGAGAAGAUCACCAGCAAGACCAGAAAGGUGUAUCUCACAUCAGAGAAGGAGGACGAACCUGAAGUGAUAGAGGUACGGAUUUGGAGUGACGCUGUGGCCAACCUUACCUUGAUGGCCUUGGGAUCCUCGGCGCCUGAGAUUCUACUGUCCAUCAUUGAAAUUAUCGGCAAUGACUUCAGAGCUGGGGACUUGGGGCCUGGAACCAUCGUGGGCUCAGCGGCUUUCAACCUUUUCGUCAUCAGCGCCGUCUGCGUCAUGUUUAUCCCGAAGGGCGAGAUUCGAAGGAUCAAGGACAUUAAGGUGUUCGCGGUGACAACGGUGUUCUCUGUGGUGGCGUACCUGUGGCUGCUGAUCAUCGUGGUGGCGGUGUCCCCGGGGCGCGUGGAGGUGUGGGAGGCCGUGGUGACCCUGGUAAUGUUCCCCAGCCUGGUCCUCAUCGCCUGGCUCGCUGAAAAGAACUUCUUCGGCGUGCCCAACAAGACGGACACCAGUAAACAGAUUGAGCUUGGCAAUUUCCAGCCAGGUGAGAGCGCAGCGGAGCAGGGCGUGUUGGGCCGCUGUCUGGCGUGUCUGGGCGUGAGGGGACCCACCUCCUCUCAGGUCGUGCCUAGCGAUGCCGACAAGUUCCUGAGGGAGCGCCAGUAUUUCCGAGAUGGGCGGCUGGACAGGGACGGACUGGUGGCGUUCAUCAAGGAGGUGAAGAACUAUCCAGGACUGACAGAUGAGGAUGCUGCUGUGCUGGCUGCUUCCAAGCUGGUGGAGUCACAGAGCCACUCCAGGAUGUGGUACCGUGUGGGAGCUGUGAGGAGCAUGACUGGUGGCCGCAAGACUCAGCCUCAGCUCUCCUACAAGCUGAAGGAGCGUUCUAAGGACAGGCUGAAAACGCUGAUCAUGCUUGAAGAUGGGACCAACCAGGUCUACAGUGCCAUGAAUGAGCAUCCUGAAGCACCUACUGUGGGGGAGGUUCCUCAGGUGCAGCCACACAAGAAUGCAAUUGUUGACUUCCACUCGGCAUCCUGUGCUGUCAUGGAGAACAUUGGCAAGUUCCAGGUUGCUAUUUGCCGCACUGGAAGGAUGGACAACAGGGUUUCGGUGAGGGUGGAGACGAUAGACGGAACAGCGACCGUGGACCAGGACUACAUCGGCAUCAAUGAGAUCCUGACAUUUGAAGCCAAUGAGCGAGAGAAGUUUAUUGAUGUGGAGAUCAUUAAUGACAACCAGUGGGAACCUGACGAGGAGUUCUUCCUGAAGAUCUCCCUCCUGAUGGACCCAGAGAAGCGAGAGGGUGUCCAGCUUGGCCGCAUCUCCAUCAUGGAAAUAACGAUUCUCAAUGACGAUGAGCCGGGCAUUGUGAUGUUCCAGAAGAGAGGUUUCCUGGUGAAGGAGAGUAUUGGCAAUGCCGUCAUUCCCGUGGUGAGGAAGAAUGGUGCUGAUGGAGAGAUCACAGUGAAAUGGCGCACCAUUGACAAGUCUGCUGUGUCUGGCCGGGACUUCACGGGUGGGGAAGGCUUGCUGACCUUCAAGCACACUGAGACCUUGCAAAACAUUGAGAUUCCAAUCAUCGAUGACAUGACACCAGAGAAGGAUGAGCACUUUGAGGUGGAGCUGUUUGACCCUGAAGGAGGAGCCAAGCUGGGCCAGAUCAACCGUACUGCCGUCACUAUCACCAACGAUGAUGAUUUCAACAGUUUCCUGAGCAACAUGAUGCAGAUGACCAAUGCUAAUGUCCACGCUCUGCAAGUCCACCACGAGACAUAUUUGGGUCAGAUCAAGGACGCCCUGAAUGUGAACGGAGGGGACAUUGAGAACGCAACUUGCAUGGACUACAUUCUUCACUUCCUCACGUUUGGCUGGAAGAUCAUCUUUGCUCUGGUCCCCCCACCUGGCAUUCUCGGUGGCUGGCUCUGCUUCUUCGUCUCCCUCGGUGUCAUUGGUCUCCUCACUGCCAUUGUGGGGGACUUGGCGUCAAUCUUUGGCUGCCUGGUUGGUCUAAAGGAUGGUGUUACUGCCAUCACCUUUGUUGCUCUGGGAACAUCUCUGCCUGACACCUUCGCCUCCAAGGCUGCGGCAGUGCAAGAGAAAUACGCUGACAAUGCUGUGGGGAAUGUGACAGGCAGCAACUCUGUCAAUGUGUUCCUUGGUCUGGGUCUGCCGUGGCUCAUCGCAGCAAUUGUUCAUGCUGUCAGGGAGGAAGAUUUCAUUGUGCAGAAGGGCAACCUUGGCUUCAGUGUCGGCCUCUUCACUGGACUCAGCAUCUUAUGUAUUGGGAUCCUCUUGGCCCGAAGGUUCUUUGGCUUCUUUGGCAAGGCAGAGCUUGGUGGGCCACCAGUUCCAAGGUACGCGUCAGGCAUUGUGAUGAUGAGCCUGUGGAUGGUGUAUGUACUCUUUUCUUCCUUCCAGCAAUAUGAUUACUUUGGUAAGCCUUAAUUCACACAUCCCAUGGACCUGUGUAUGAGUGUGUGUGUGUGUGUGUGUGUGUGUGUGUGUGUGUGUGUGUGUGUGUGUGUGUGUGUGUGUGUGUGUGUGUGUGUGUGUAUACCAGGUGUGUCAGGUUUAAAGAGGUGCAAGAGGGUGUUUGUUCUGUGUAAAGGGUAGAAUGAAGUUCAUUAUCAGUGUUUGUGGUCUUCAGGGCAGGGAAAAGAUUCGUCCCUGUUACUCUUGUACAUGGAUGGGCCUUUUGAGAAUUCUAGUACUUCCAGUUUGUCAAUCAUUUUAGUCCACUAGAUAUAAUUUCUCUGAUCAAAUUGUGUGUGUGUGUGUCUAUGUGUGUGUGUUUGAAAUGAGAAGAGUGAACAAACCAAACAUGUAAUGAAGAGCAAUAUGUUGUCCGGUGGAUUCUUUGUUAUGUUUCUGUGUUAUUUAUCAUUUGUUUUUCCCAUGUCUUUUUUGUCUAGUCUUCAGGAUCACAGAGAAAUGAGAGUUGAAAUCAGCUUUUCUCUUCAAGAUUCUACAGAAUACAGUGUUGUUUGAUGAAGUGUCUUUGAUUAUAGAAUUUUUUUUUAUAAUAUGAUGUAGUAUAUUGUGGGAGAACCUCACAAUAAGUAUACAUAAGGAAAAUACCAGUAAAUGAGUGAGGGUGAAUGAAACUUUAGCAUAAUUAUCUUUUCUUAGUUAUUAACACAUUGAUUCAAUUAUAUUUUUAAAUGAAUAACCACUUUAGCUUUAAAUAAUGUAUACAAAUUUGACAUAAGAAUCACCAUUCAUUUCCGAGGCUCUAAAGAUAAUUUAAUAAGAAUAUUGGACCGUUAGGCAGUCUUUCGGGAACUGGCAAUUAAAUGAUCCUUUUUUUCCUGAUAUUUUGUUCCCCUUUGCCAGUGACCUUUUUGCAUAAAAAAAUAACAAAAAAUAUUACAAAAAUAACCACAAGGACCUAAAUGAUCUCAAUGGCCUUUAAAACUCCUUAAGAGAGAAUAAAGUUCAUGAGAAUAUAAAACGCUUUAGUGAUUCAGUUUGCCGGUGUGUUCAAGUUUUGGCUUUUAUUGAAUAUUAGUGUUUGGUAACUAGUUUCUUAUUUAUCUACAUGAUGAAAUGAAUGACAGUGUUCAUAGUGGCAUUUAAAUGUAUGUAUCUGGAGUGUGUGUGUGUGUGUGUUCAGUGUGAGCUCAGGUUUCUUUGUACUAAAGUAAGAAAUUUAAGGAAUGAAGUUAUAACUGGUUACUAACUGUUUUGCUUUAACGUUGUCUCUUCUUGAAAGGCUGCUGAUGUGCAAGUGUUUCACUAAUUUUACCUUUACUACAGAUAUGACAAGAGAAACAGUUAAUUUCUCAUCACGUUAUUUCCUCUAACCUUUCUUUCUUAAUUUCUGUGCAAGAGUUACCCUUUCUCUCAAAUAACAUCCAUGCUUAUUCACCUUAUUCUUUCACUAACAUUAUUCAGUUCUCAGUAUAGCAGAUAUAUCAAAAUGACCAAACCCAGUACCUUUCACUGGUUUUGUUUCCUAAGUUCUUCACAUACAUCACAUCCCUUCCUCUCAAAAAAAAAAAAAAUUCUAUAUACCUUUAUUCUUAACACUACUACAUUACUAUUGAAUUCAUUGGUUCAGUAUGAGUAUAAUAUCAAAUGACAUGAUUCAGUACUUUUCAAAUCUCUAUUCUGUUACAUUCAGAAAUGUAAGAAUCUGCAUUUAUAUGUGUAACUAUAAUUGUAAUAUGUAAGCUAUAUGUAUGUCAUGUUUGUUUAAAAUUUUUUCUAUUUUCUAACUUUUCCUUAAACCAAUGAUAAGUAUUUCCCUCAUGCAGGUAAUGAGGUUAAGGGAAUGUGAUGUAGAAGUAGAAAUAUAUAAAUAUUGAGAGGGUUUGUACACUCUCAAGAUGUAAAACCUGUUGAGAGGAAUACCAGAGACAGGCGUGUAGAUAGGGAGAACAUUGGAGAUUUGACGUCUCAGUGAGUGAUCAGUGUUAUGGUGAUGGAUGCUGGACAACCUUCAGAUGGUUAGUGGUGAUUUCCAGUUUCCUCUUCCUGAUCUACGUAACUCCAACUUCCCAAGCAUAUUUAACUUGGGUGAUAACUUUGUAUAGGACGCCUGAUGACUUUCUGAUGGAUAGUAUUAAUGAGAAUGUAUAACUUUCAUUCUUACAAGCUCCUGAUGUACUUGACUCCAAUUUCUACAAGGAUUAUUCAUCCUGGUUAUUCACUUCUGGUAAUGAAUGGCAGGCAGUUUUCUCAUGGGUUGAUUAUAGUCUCCAGUCUUGUUCUGAUCCACAACUGACUCUAAUCCUCAAGCCUGUGUAACUCGUGUGAUAACUUUGUCUUUGUGAGUGGUGGACAACUUUCCAAUUCCUCAACUAUUGUUUCAAGUCGCAUUUGUAACUUCUUAUCUACAACUGACCACUCCCAAGCAUGUUUAACUUGUAUGAUACUGCCAAGGACACAGCCACCGUGGUGUCAGUAUUACAACACAGGUGCAGCGUGUCCCUUACAAGUGCUGUGCCGAACCUCUGUGUGAAGUGAUGCGUGAGUGUGUUGCCUGUGUUGGUGAGUGUGUUGAGCCGCAUGUGUUUUUGGCUGUGGUGUGUGACUGUUGACCAUUUGUGACAGUGAAGGGAGAACCUGUAGUGUACUGCCUGUCACACUUUUACUCUGUAUUUUCAUGCCAAUUACAGGAUAUAUACAUAUACAAAGUUCUGUCUGUAUUAAAGAUUCUAUUGGGAGGUUUGCUUCAGUACCUUAUGUGGCUUUUACCUAAACUUUACUCCAUUCAGACUUGUACUUUAAUGUGGGAUUCUUGCUAAAUAAAACUUCACAUUUUUU